CUGAAAGCAAAUUUUCCUCUUGACUUUUUUCAGGAAAUAAUUCGUAAGAACAAUUGUUAUUGAACAAUCAAGAAGAUAUUUUUAUGCCCACUUAUUGUCUCGUUUGCUUCUUUAUAAACACACAUUGUUAGUUGAAAUGUUUUGAGAUAACAAGAUAACCUACAACAACGUAACGAAAUUAAAUGGAUUCAUUUGAUACUUACUUACUGUAUCAACCGGACACGAACAGUGCCUUAGGUAGUAUAAUUAUCAGUAAAAACUGGAAAGUAAUAAUAAAACUGUUGGAAGACAAAAGUAUUAACGAUAUGAUAUUAAAAAAGGAUGCUUAAAGAAUGCCUAGUUAAGAGGUGCAACUAAAAAACAGACAGAAAGCAAAAGAGGACUAAAACAUAACUGCAUGGAGCUGGCCUACUAAAAGUAUAAAGAGACGUCCUCGUUGCUGAAAAGUUAAUUUAUUAUUCAAGAAAAUGACAGUCGAGCGAUAUUUACAAAUUAUUUUUAUACUCCAAGUAACCAUCGCGCGAGGAAAUGACAACUGCAGCCUCGUAUACGAUGACAGCAAAAAUUGCUUAUUGAAAGAGUUACUAAUGAUGAUCGAUCACAGUGCCAACCAGUUAGCGGUGGAUAAGAAGAAAAAUGCGCUGUACUUUAGCCUUGAUAGCAGCCGUGGGAAAUUCAGCCCUGCGGUCCUUGACAUAGAUACCAAGAGGCUUACACUACUUGAAGGUGUAAAAGACGCCCUUGCUGUGGCAGUGGACGAAGAAACAGGUGAUGUCUACUUCGGAGGAAGCAAAGGAAUUUACAAGUUCACGGGAAUAGAGAAGAAAGUGCAACGACUGCAUUUGAAGCAAGUUGUUCGGUGGUUAAUUUUAAGAGGAUACAUCUAUUACAUCCAACUCGCAGACUCAAAAGCGUAUGUCUACAGAUUGUUCAACAUCAAACGCUUUCGUCAAGUCCAAAAUGUCACUAUGAAUCAGUUCGUUUUUGACGCGGAGCGAAAUGUCUUCUUUAUCAACGGGACUGGACUUUACAGAGUUUCUAGAUACCAUGACACAAUUAGAUUAGUUAGAAAAUCUCCCAAUUUCUUUGGGAUGACCACUAAUAAUGACGGACAAGUAUUUGUAAGUACUAAUGAUGGUAUUUACUAUAUUAGAGGUGGUCUGAAGCUGGUUAAAUAUGUUGAUAUACGAGGUGUUGUGGCGAUGACGUUUGAUAAAUACAACAAUAUGAUAUAUUCGGACUCUAGGCAGUUGGUUCGGCUCUUGCCAAUGUCAAAUAAGAAUGGUAUAAAAACUGCAAAUGUUAAUAAUAUCCUUCUGGUGAAGUAGAAAAGUGUUUCGAUAAUAACAAUGUGUUCAAUUGCGAAUUUAGUAAUGACGAAAAGUGCAUUGCGACAAUGAAUUAAAAUAUAAUGUUUAUAUUAAUAAACGUUUUCAUUGUAACAUACCUUUAAUUUAAUAAAAUUAAGUUUUUGGUUUUUAUGAGUUUUCCGUCAAAUUAUAGUGUAUUCGCUUAAGCUAUGGUUGCGAGAUCACGUUUUACUAUGUCCAUGUUUUUUUUGAAGUCUUAAAAAAAACUAUUGUUUUUGUAUUCGAAAUUUCUGCUUAAAAUAUGAAAGCAAUAUAGAGGCCAGCAAAUUGUUACUCAUCAGUUCUCAUUAUAAUUAAAAUGGUAUAAGAAGGUUUAUAGUUCUUUAGGUAAAUAUCAGUUGUAUGCAGCUUUCACGGGCAUAUGGUAGUAGAAAACUGAGCGAAGGGAGUGAAUGGGUAAGAGCAAAUUAGUCCAAGGUUGAGGAGUUACAAUAAAUUAAUACCUUUACAGACUUUAACAUUCGUAA